AAUUUAUCGAUUGCUAAGAGUAGUAACCGAUGAAUUCAAUUGUUUCUUACAUUAAGUUUAUUAGGCCCAAUAAUAAAUGAAUUAGUAAGAUGUUACAACAGCUGGCAAAACUCAUAAGCAAGAAGGGUAUCACCACCGUAUUGUUAAAUGAUUUUCAGAAUAUAUCGUCUAGAUCCAUCUGUACUUCUAAUCAUUUACAAAAAGGAGGAAAGGAAGGUCUAAUUGAAAAAAAUAUUAUAGUGGACAAGGAUAAAAAUGUAACGUUAAUAGGUAUCAAUCGGCCACAAGUGCGAAACGCAAUCAAUGCAGCCACUGCCACCCAACUUUGCGAGGCUUUUAAUGCAUUUGAGGCUGAUGAUACGUCACCAGUAGCUGUAUUAUAUGGUAUCGGUGGAUCAUUUUGUGCCGGUUAUGAUAUUCUCGAACUUGGAAAGGAUGGUGGAGAACAGGUUAGUAUUGACAUACUAAUGGCUCACGAAGGCUCAGUAGGGCCGACACGUCGUCACAUACAAAAGCCGGUAGUUUGCGGUAUAAGCGGUUAUUGCAUUGCUAAUGGACUGGAGCUGGCUCUAAUGUGUGAUCUUCGCGUAAUGGAAGAAACUGCGAUAUUGGGGUUCUUCAAUCGACGUUUCGGCGUUCCUGUAAUCGAUGGGGGUACAGCCCGAUUGCCUGCAUUGAUUGGCUUUUCUAGAGCCCUGGAUUUGAUUCUAACUGGAAGACAAGUAUCUGCAGAAGAAGCGCUGUCCUUAGGAGUUGUUAAUCGCGUGGUACCUGCGGGUCAAUCUUUAAUUAAAUCCGUGGAAUUAGCUCAAACACUAGCAAAAUUUCCACAGAGAGCACUAAAUCACGAUAGGAAUUCCUUAUACUCAGCAGUUUUUGAUGCGGCAAACUUUAAUCAGGCGGUACAAAACGAAGUUAUGUAUACAUCAAAGGAAAUAAUUGAGGAAAUGCAGCAAGGGAUUAAAUGGUUCAUACAAACUUUUAAAUCAGACACAACACAUUCAUGGCUAAAACGAGAAAAGUCCAUGGCAGAUUGGGAUGAUAAAAAAUUGGCUGCUGCAGCUGAGCAAAAAGAGGUGGAAAAACAAGCUGCAGAAGCAGCGCGUCUGGAGGCAGAGAAAAUUGCAAAGGAGUCGAAACAGAAGGAAGGAACAAAAAAAUAGAUAUCUUUAAAGAAAGUUUGAAAUUUACUGGUGAUUUUUUUAAAUUAACAUUGGUUCAUUUGUGCAUUCAUAUGUAUGAGCGAAUGUGAUUAUUGAAAUCCAAACUACCUUAUGUUAUGUUUGUGUUUUGUAAAUGAAUUAAAAAUAAAAUAAAUGUAGAUGUACAAAAGUUUUCA